UGGGGCAUUCCCCUGAAACCCGUCGGUAUAAACCGGGACCCCUGGAACUCACCGGCUUCUAGUUUCUUGGAAAAAGCCGGGCACCGCCUCUCUACUGGGGACUCGCUCCCCACCUUCUCCCGUUUUCUAUCGUCCGAUUUCGCCAGCGAAACGAAGGGAUCUCCGCUUCAGAAUCGCUCCCGUGAUAUCUUUUACCCCUAGAGAAGAGAUCAACCCCCCGGAUUCCAGGAUGUUCUUCUCGGGGGAUGCAUCCAUUCGGAAGAGAGUGGACUUGGGGGGACGGAGCUCGAAGGAGAGGGAUCGGCAGAUGCUAUUGGACCAGACGCGGCUCGAAAGGAAGCGCCGGUUAGGGUUACGGCAGCAGUCCAACGCGGCUGUCAAGAUCCAGAAAUGCUUCAGAGGGAGGAAGGCUGUUGAAAUGGCACGUUCAAAGGUGCGAGAACAAUUCUGCUUUACAUUUGGCGACCAUUGCCAAAAGGCAGAUUGGCAUUGUUUUGGUCCCGAUUCAGAGUUUCUUCGCCAGAUGCUUUUCUUCUUUACUGCAAACAACAAUGGUGAUGUCAGCAUCCUUCUGGAGGCAUGCCAAAUGUUGCUCCAAUAUGUUAGAUAUAAUGGGAGUAUUGUAAGUCUCUUUGCCGGCCUCGAUUACUCUUCAAAACAUUCUCUUGUGGUGCAUAGGGUUAAAAAAUUUGCGUAUAUCUGUCUGCAAGCAAUAUACCAGAAUAGGAUUCAUUUGAAAAAUCAAAUUCUGAUGCCGUCCAAGUAUUCUGCUAUGCCAACAAUCAUCUUGUUAGAAACAGUGGCUUGUUUAAUAAUCCUGAACUUCCAUGGGUCUGCAAAGUAGUUGAUUAUCUCCUGCAGAGAAAAGUUUUCUCUUUGUUGCGUGGCAUGGUUCUAGCUGGUGUGCAAAAUUUGAAUACUCCAGAGUCUCAGUGGAAGUGCAUCUUCCUUGGAGCAUGUUCUUAUCCUCAUUGCUUCAAUGCUGGUCAGCAUCCAUGUUGUUGUUCAAGGUGUUGAUCCACGAUGGAGUUUUUCCUCACAAAUUCUUACCAUUCCUUUUCUAUGGCAUCACCUAUCAUACUUCAAGGAGGUUUUUUCAACCAGGGGACUAGGCAAAUAUUAUAUUCACCAAAUGGCAUCAUGUUUGCCUCGUCAUGUUAGUGGUCCUCCGAAUGAUGCAUCACUUGAAUAUCCUGGUUAUGCCUGCCUGCUUGGAAAUUUACUUGAAGCUGCUGGUGUUUCUUUGUCUGAAAGAAACUGUGCUUUUAAUACGGUAAGGGGUUCGUGACCU